AUGGCAUUUGAAGAUCCCACCUGCCAGGUGGUAUACUUGGUCACUGAUGCACUCUCUGAGAGUGCUUCAGAGGAAAUCUGUAGCCUUCUUGCAGAGACUGGCGAGGAACGCCCAGUGCACACUGUGUACUUGGUAGAAAAGCCAGGUGACUGUGAAAGCAGCACACAAAAAGAAAUGGAGAAAGUAGCCAGACAGUCUGGAGGAUCCUUUCAGGUGAUCACCCUGCACCCUUCUAGAGCUUCAGAAGAGGUAAACCCAGGGUGCACCUCAAGCAUCCACUGUUGCAAUGCUAUCAGUAAAUACCCCUCUUGUUCUCUGCUGAUGGGUAUUCCUAAAGCACACUUUCCUGUGUACGUCUGUGCAAAUUCCCCUAGUAUACCUCUGACAACCUUGACAAAGGGAGAUUUAAUGGACUGGUCCCCAGAGGCUCCCCAUUUGUUGAGGGGGGCCCGAGUCCUGGCUAGGAGAGAGACUGAUGGAUAUUAUUAUCUGGGCCACAUUGCCCAGGAGGUGAAGGGCUCCAGGGAACGUUUUUUAAUCGAGUUUGAGAGAAGUCGGUUGCUGAAAGGCAAGGUACAGUUUCGCAUGCAAGAAACACCCCUCUAUGACAUUAUCCACUAUGAAGAUGCCAGGCGACAGCCACUAGCUCCAGGAGACAGAGUCUUGGCACCAUGGGAGGCUAAAGGUGAACGAUAUGGCCCAGGCACUGUACUAAAAGCUGCAGAGAACAGUGAAGCACAGUUAGCCAGUGAAAACAGCGGAGUGCUGGUGAAUUUCUGGAAUGGUCAGACUAAGAAGGUGUCCUCUGAUUUAGCUCUAAGGAUCCCUCUGCCCCUGAGUGAACGCAUCAUCCUGGAACUUCAGAUGCCAUUAGUAGCCAGGCAAAUGUUGGUGGACUCAAGCUCAGACUAUCCCUACAUUGUGACACCUGGUUACAGAGCUUCAGGGCAUGGCAGACAGGAUCACUUAGAUCCAGUUUGCUGGCAGGGUUCCACACAGCUUCAGUCAUGUCCUAACUGCAGCUCUGGAUGUUCCUCACUUUGCCAUUGCUGCCUUGGAGCCUGGGUGCCCAUCAGGCCCACAGUGAACAGAGCACAACCAGAAGAUGUCCUGAUCCCAGGAACAAGCCUGACCAAAGAAGAGCUGAGCAGGAAGAUAGAAGAACAGCUGUCUAAAGGGAGAGUCCCCAUUUCAGAAAGGGUCUCCAAAGAGGAAGAUAAAAAGGAAAAGAAGAAGCGAUUAAAGAAAGAAAACGUCCCUAAAGAUUUAGGAUCCUGUGUGGAGAUGGGAAACAAGGUUACAGAACCCAAGAAGAGCCCUCAGAAGGAGAUGACUUCAACACGUUUGAUGGGAGGUGCUCGUGCCAUGGUUGAUAUUGCUGUCCACCCAGAUACCUGCCUAAUGGAGCCAAUGCACGAUGACAAAGAAGACAGCAGACACUAUGGGGCUGAUCCCGAGUCUCUUCUGAAGAAUGAACCUGCUCUUUUUCAGUCCAGCAUGAUAGAAGCUCCAGCCCAGCAUCCCCCAAGGAACCCUCCCGUGAAAGCACAUGCUUUCAGCACUUCCAGUCUCCAAGCUAUGUUUGACCGAGUGGAUCAAUCACUGAAGAAAGACCGCUUGACCAUUGAAUCAGUUCUGCGUAUACAGAGACCCCACAGUGCUCCGAGUACACAGAAGUCAGUCACCAAGGGUGUAACUCAAGAGAGCCUGAGAAAGAUGGACUUCAACACAGCCAGGAUUGAGCACAGAAGGCAGCAAGAGGAGCUGAGGCAGCAGAAGAGGGAACAAAAGCAAGAGGCAGAAGGCCUCAAACGCCAGUUGAUGCGCGACAGCAGGCGACAGAGGUCUCUUCAGAGGACACUGCAAAGCUUGGAGAAGCAGCUGGAGUACAAUAACAUGGCCUGCCAGCACAUGGCAAAGCUCCAGACUGCCAGGGCAGAGAGGAGCAGAAAGGAGUCCUCCUUGCAGGAAGAGGAGAAGAGAAAGGAGAGUCAAAGGCUGCAGUUCUUAAAGGCACAGCACUUGCAGAGAGAGGAGUUGCAGGCAGAAUACAAACAGAGGAACUAUGACCAAGACAAAAAGAGGCAGGAUAUGCUGAGGAGCAGAAUGCAAUCCCAGCAGGAGACUUUAGAACGAGAAAUCCAGGAGCAGGAAACCCAGCAGAGGAAGCGUGAAGAUGCCAAAUGGAGAGCAUUCCAAAAUCGGGAUCAUUUCCAACAGAAGCUGGAAAAGGAGUGCCAAAAACAUUAUCACCUCCAGCAGUACCUCAGAGAGCAGAAACUUUUGAUGCUCCGGGCCUCGCUGCUGUUAUAAAAAGACUGUCUUCUACGUAUGAGUCCGUGUGCUGGGGCCUAGGAAAUGGUGUUAUUGAAACAAGCAGAAUUAUUAUUAUUAGAGCUAUUUGAUAUCUCCCCUUCAUCACAGCUAGAGGGCCUUUUCAGGUAUCUGUCGCUUACAGGCCUUUCUUUUUGGACAGUCUAACCCAACUAUUCAAUGUGAAGACACCCAGCCAGCUGUCUAGCUUCCUUGUGCCUUAUGUGCUACAUGUGUAGUAGUCUAGCAGAUGGAUGCAGCCCAGGUCAGGGCUAUGGAUGAUAAUGCACAGCAAAUGAGAGAGGAAUUUGCAGUGUGAUUUGCCAGCACAAAAAAACAGCGCAAUGUUGAGCUUCAGACACAGGCAUCCCAGGGAGCAGGAAGGUGAGAGACCCUGCCUGUGGGACUCCAAUGAGAGCACCCCUGCAAUAUUGCAUUCAGUUCACAGCCCCUCAGUGAAAGGAAGAUGGCGAUGAACUGGAGGGAGUGAAGUACCAUAAUGAUUAGAGUCAAAAUAAAAAUACUGUAUAGCUUGGCCAAGAGAGAGGAACAUCAGGCUGUAAACACCAAGGAAGGAGAAUAAUUAUUUAGGCUUCUACAAGAGGUAUACAUAGGAGUAGGGACAUAAAAAUAAGAAACAUUUGAAUGUCAGGAAAAGCUUCCUGAAAGCCCAGUGUGUUAAGCUGUGGAUUAAACUUUCCCAUAGGAAUUGUGGAAGCCCCAUCCCUGUAGCCAUUUUAAACUAGCCUGGGCAUAGCCAAAGGAAGUCUAGUGUUGUGAACAAUUCAGCACUGGCAGGGGGGUGAACCAUGUGACUAGGUGUGAUGUUCUGUACCUCAAAGUAGCACCCUGGAGCCCCCAUAUUCUCUACUAUGAGAUGAUUAGGAUGUGUUUCAUACCGAGGAUGCCUUGGGAGGUAUCAUUUUAAAAGUCUUAAUCUGUUGAACAUUAAUCUCCUGUUGGAUUGUGUGUGCUAUCAUUAUAUGUGAAGUUAUGAAGUAUUGCUAUAUGUUGUGAGGUUGAGCACACACACAACUAGCCUUUCAGUUACAACAAAGGAGACGCCAUCAAUAGCCAGGCAGCAAUAAUAGCUCAUCAACACACAAUUCACUGUCCCAGAGACUUCUCGGAGAAGGCACGUACAGCACGUAACCCACAUCACAGCAAAGAUCUUUCC